AUGCGCUCACCAUCGAUGCCGAACUUGUUCUCAAGUUCGUCCUUCGCCAAAUCGUCUGAAAAUCUGCACCCCAAGUCACAGGCCGAGUUCCCGCGCCGCAGCAAGACAGACACCAUAUCUGGCAUUGUUCGUGCCUUCGGUGCGUCUGAGAAACUGCAACAAAGACUAGGCUUGCGCGAGCCGGAACUCUAUGCGGCACCGCCGGCGAUGUCAAGCGCCCAGAAAGUCUGGUACGAGACUGGGCUUUACGAGUAUGAAAUGGAGCACGACGAGGCUGCGAUUGAUCCGUGGGAGACGGUGGAAGAUCUCACGGCUUCUCAGAGUAAGUCGAAUCUGGCAGAUAUUCCCGAAGAGAAAGAGAGCCCCGAGUAUGCGGCCUCCAUACAUUUUACGGGAAGUGGCUCCAGUACGCAAUCGGAGUUAAGUGUUGAGCGGACUUCUACAGACCAGGCUGCUGAUGCGGCUCCGCGAUACACAUUCCUCAACAGCGACAGCGAUGGCGAAUCCUGCGAUGAUACCGCGGAUGAAUUGGCAGACUACGACCCCAACGAAGACUACAGCUUGUGGCAAGAUGAGUCCAGCUCUACCCUGGCGGUCAGUGACAGCUCCAGACCCAGCAGCGCAGAGAACAGCAAAGAAACAGCGGUUGCACCCUCGUUUCCUCCACGGGUGAGCUCGCUCUCUACGCACCACAACCCCAAUCCGACGCUGUAUCACUCCCGGACUAAGCAGGUACCGAGCCACGAUCCGACAAAGCUCAGUGUGACAAAAACCACUCAGCAUAUCAACACGACAACAUUCACCAGUGCGGCUCGCCGGUCAACGAGCCUGCGAAGAGCAGAAUCGCUGCCAGUGCUGUCUCCCUCAUCCGAUGUGCAGCAAGACCCCAGACAGCAUCAACACGAACACGCUCCAAGGCACGCCAACGUCCGCAGCACCCAAGACCCCGUACCCUUCGACGGAUCCAACAAGCAAAGAACGCCAUCGCACCCACCACGCAUCACAAUCCAACCACCCUCUCCCGCCAAACCCCCCUCACCGCCCCAUCCCCCCUCCACAACCGGCCUCCCCCUCUGCUCAGCCGCCACCAGCCGCACCCCCUUCCCAGGCAACACCCCGCACCUCCUCUCCACCCUCCUGACCUGGUCUCUCUGCACCUGGACCCAGCACGCGCGCUCCCCCGGCACCGUUCCGCGUCCCGUGCGCCACGACUUGCUGUCCGUGGGCUUCUACGACACCAGUACCACGCCGCACACCGAAUGCCGUUUCCUCGGGCCGGGGGACGCGGAGGCGUCGUAUCAUGAGGUGGAUGUGUGGGAGCCUGGGGGUGGGGGACGGGGGGUGAGGUGGGCGUAUGUGGUUAUGCGGGCGCGUGGUGGUGCGGGGGAGGCAGGUGAUGGAGAUGAGGGAGGCGAGACGCGGCCGCAUGCGAUGGUAGCGUGGCACGCGGACGCGGUGACGGGGGUGAGCAGGUGUCUGCACACGCUGUUCGCGUCUGCGUCUACUACACCUGUUUCUCAUAUCCCUGCUUCUCCCCCGUCGCUACAGCCACAGCCACCGCACACGGAGACGCAGAUGUCGACGCCGCAGACGCAGACACAGACGCAGAAGCAGGAGCAGAAGCACACAAAACCGCUCAAACGCUUCGCCUCCCUCCAAAACCUCACCGCCGCGCUCCGUCCACACGCACAGCGCCCGAACACACCCGCGCCACUCCCAGACCCCCCGCGCCCGUCCACAGCCCACCCAGCCACGGCCCUCGAACCGGACACCCGCGCCAGCGCAACACUACACCGCACCGUCCUCUUACUAGGGCGCUCGGGCCGCGUGCCGCUGGUGGAGGGGUGGCGGGUGGAUGUGUGUGCGUUGCGGGGGUGGAUGGGGGCGUGUGGGCGGGGCGGGGGGAAGGUUAUGCUGUGGCGGGAGAGGGAGGAGUAG